AUGGGUAGGCCACCUUGCUGUAACGAGAGUGGUGUUAAGAAAGGGCCAUGGACACUGGAAGAAGAUGAAAAGCUAAUGGAUUAUAUUAGCAAACAUGGAAGGCGAACUUGGAGAACACUUCCAAUGCAUGCAGGUCUAAAUAGGUGCGGGAAAAGUUGCAGGUUAAGGUGGGAAAACUAUCUUAGGCCAGAUAUCAAGAGAGGGAAAUUCACUGAAGAAGAGGAGCAAUUGAUCAUCAACCUUCAUUCAGUUCUUGGAAACAAGUGGGCAAAGAUUGCUACACAUCUUCCAGGGAGAACUGACAACGAGAUCAAGAAUUAUUGGAACACCAACAUAAGAAAAAAGCUUCUUCAGAUGGGUAUUGACCCAGAAACUCACAAGCAAAGAACCGACUUCAAUCACCUCAUGAAUCUUUCCCAGUUGCUUGGCAUGUCUUUGGGCACAUCAAUGAGUCCUUGGACCAACCCUCUUGGUUUACAAGCAGAUGUCAACACUCAAUUAGCCAAACUACAACUACUACAAAAUAUGUUGCAACUUGUGAACAGCACCAAUUCAUUGGUUAACAUGGGUAACCCUUACCUCUUCAGCAAUCAAAUUCUCAACGGGACAAACACCUUCCAAGUUGAAGAUUCAAUCAUGAGAGGUCAAGAAUGUGUAAACCCUGCUUCUGUAUCACUCUCUCAAACACACAGCGACUCUUCUCAUCAGAAUAUUCCAAAACCAGGGACAGAAAAAGAGAGUGAAACUAAUCAUGAAGUUCUUGGUUAUAACCAAAACAUCAACACUUUACUGCAAAAUGAAGCAGAAAAUCUUCUUCCUGCAUUAGUAGCAACUUGUCCUAAGAAAACUACCUUAAGCCAAAUGGAUAACAACUUCAACGCAGCACAAAAGUCAACCGAAUCACCUUUCUCCACAACCUUCGAGGCUUGCGAGAAGUUCCUUCUUGAUGAUGAUGAAACAAACGUUUCCUACUGGAAAGAGAUUCUAGAUAUGACAUCCACUUCUGCAUCACCAGUUUCCUGGUAG